AUGAUUGAAACAUGGCUUAAUUCCCUAACCAUUAGGCGGACAUCACAUGCAAUUGGCCUUUCACCUAUUCGUUUUUCCCCGGAUCCGAUCCGGGUCUGCGAUGGCGAGAGUCUCUCGACUUUUCUCUCGAUCAUGCAAAACAACGCGCAAGCGCUCCUCAAUUAUCUUCCAACUUAUCUUACCUCAUACAGUUAUCCAUGGCCUUUCGAUAAUCCAACCGAUUACCCACGAUGUCAACAAGCUCGAGCCGAUUUCUCGCCGUUAAUUUCAAAAACCGAGCGCCGCAUCGCCAUUGAUGUGAUCAAAUUGGAAAACGGUACUCUGAAACUGUUUUAUGGCACAAAUCCAUCAAACGAAAAGGGAUUUUGCACGAAACCGAAAAUCGAAUCAAAAAGCAUCGAUCUCGUCGAUCAACAAAAAGUCGCCGUUUCAGCGGAAUGCUUUCAUCUCGAGUUUUGUCCCCUUCAAAAUGGCACAAAAGAUCGUUUUGGUUUUGUGGUGAAGGCGAGUCGAGCGCCGGUCGAUCCGAAACUCGUCGAAUGCAAGCUGACUUACACGUUGAGCACCGAGAACCCACAAGUUCUCCUCAACUUCCAAAAUAUCUACAUCCAAGAGGGUACACAUCUCGAGGUGUAUUUUUUCUGCUACAGGCUCGUCUCACCAAAGAAAGUCGCGUCUAUU